UUUUUUUUUUUAUAUUUUAUCCAUAUAAUAUACUGGUUUAUAUUCUAGUAAAAUAUAUUAUAAUAUUGUGUAACAAAGACAAUAUUUAUCCUUAUAUUAAUUUGUGAGUCCUUUGAACAGUUACUUUGUUUAUUUCUAUUUUAGUGUAAAUUACGUUUUAGGCACAUGUGGUUAUAUCACUUUUUACUAUACACCGGUGGUUAUAUCACUUUUUACUAUAUUAGUCCAAAAUGAGAAUUUUUAACAUAUCUGUCCCCAUGGUCUCUAUAACUAACCAUUUUGGCCCCUAAGUCUAACCAUUUUGACCCACAUGGUCUCUAUAACUAACCAUUUUGGCCCAUUUUUUUAAUUGGUUGACUCGAUGUAACUUUUAUUGAAAUCGUGUUAUGAGUAGCAUGUACAAGUAAGCAAAAUACAAACGUACAUAUUAGGAAAUUGAGAAAUAUUCGGUUUAAUGCCCCGCAACGCAGACGGGGCAAAAACUAGUUAAAUAAAAUUCAAAACCUCAUCAACUUAUUUCACACGUCUUCAUACUAUUUUCAUUGAAUAAAAUUUGAAUGGACAAAAAUGAAAGUCCACAAAAAUAAAUUCAAUGGUCUAACCUUGAAAAUUCACAUGCAAGUUCUAGGAAAAAGAUAAGUAUCCUACUCAUAAAAUUCAUAACAAUAAUAUGAUAAUCUCUGACAAAAGCUUAGUGAAAUAUUUAGCAGUAUCUAAAUAUAAGGCUGACAUCAAUUACAAACUAAUUUUUUUAAACAAACUGAAUUAUAGUCACAUAUGUAUUUUAAAGCUUAUUUACCCUAAAAAUUACGUAUUCUCGUCCAUUAAUUAAAAUAAAAAAGGGAUUAGGAUAAAUAUGUGGUAUAAGAUAAAUGUGAUUAUGCUUCAUCAUCAAUAUAUAUACGUUUAAAAACUAAAUAAACUUAGCUAAAUAGUUCGAAAUAUUGCAAGGAAAAUCGUUACAAUAAUACUAAAAAUACAAAUAAUAUCUAAACUCAUAAUGUUACUUGAUUAGUAUGAAUGGACAAAAAUGGAAACUUCACAAUUCACACGAAGCAUGAAAAUUGCUAUAUAUAGAGAACGACUUAUGAGAAAGAGAAAAAAAAAACAAUCAUCACCAAAUUUCCUUGUAAUUGUUUCUCAAGUUUAUGAGUAUCCUUUCACUUCUACUCCUCUUCAUCAUCCUCUCUUUACAAUGGAAACCUUCGAUGUCACGAACAUGGAUCAAAGCCGGUUAUUGGUACACCGGUAGCGAAUACCCUAUACCCAACAUAAACACGGCUCUUUUCACUCACCUCAUAUGUGCUUUUGCAUACAUCAACUCUUCAACCCACGAGCUCGUUUUAUUACCAUCAGACGAGCCAUACGUGUCAACAUUUGUAUCCACGGUAAAAAAAAGCAACCCAUCUGUUAAACCACUUUUGUCAAUACGACCCAGGAACGAAUAUCAUGGAAACGACGAGAACUCAUCAAACUUUUUCUUAAUGGCUGAAAACCCCGCUUAUCGAAAGAGUUUCGUUGAAUCUUCAAUAAAAAUGGCUAGGCGUUAUGGGUUUGAAGGGAUAGAUCUUUACGCGACUACUUUGUUAAGUACAAAGGGAAACAUGACCAGCUUAGGGAUCUUAUUUAACGAGUGGCGAGUUGCUGUUGAUCGAGAAAAACUGAUCUUGACCAUGAAAGGUCAUUACUUGCCUGAACUCGACUCGGUGAGUUACCCGGUUGACUCGGUACGCAAAAAUUUUGAUUGGGUGCAUGUUCGAUCAUACGACUAUCAUACACCUAUGACGAUCGAUAAUUUCACUGCGGCCCAUGCAGCCCUAUAUGAUCCAUCUAGCCCGGUGAAUACGGAUUAUGGUAUAAACUUAUGGAUCAAAAGGGGAUUACCGGCUAGCCAGCUGGUGUUAGGUUUAGCAUACCAUGGUUAUGCCUGGACCCUUGCGGACCCGAAAGAUGAUGGCAUUGGUGCACCGGCUAAGGGUAUGGCAAUUACAAAAGAUGGGUCGAUGAGCUAUGAGUAUAUCAAGAAGUACUUGAGAAGUUACAGAGUUAAUUCAGAGUAUAAUUCAACUUAUGUGAUGAACUAUUGUGCAAUUGGUUCGUUUGGGAUUGUGUUUGAUGAUGUUGAAGCUAUUACAAAUAAAGUUGCUUAUGCUAAAAAGAAGGGGCUUCUUGGUUAUAGCGUAUGGCAGGUUCCUAAUGACGACAACUGGAAACUAUCAAUAGCUGCUGCACAAGAAGAAGAUACUUACAGCUACCACAAGCGAUUAUUGGUGAUUACUUUGUGCACAAUUGCUUCCUUUAUCCUGCUACUAGUCUGCAUAAUCCGUAAGCUGAGAAAAAUGAUCAUAUUAAAAGUGAAACAGGUCAUGAAUAGAAGCAAAACAUCAACUCAUGGCCACCAAGCAAUUAGCUUUGCUGACAUAAUGGAAGCAACAAAUAGCUUCUCAGAAGAAAGUAAGAUUGGCGAGGGUGGAUAUGGACCAGUUUACAAGGGAAAAUUAUCAAAUGGACAAGAAAUAGCAAUAAAAAGACUUUCGCGUAGUUCUAAACAAGGAAUUGAGGAGUUCAAGAACGAGGUUACAUUUGCAACAAAACUACAACAUGUAAAUCUAGUAAAACUCUUGGGGUUCUGCACUGAAAGGGAAGAAAAGAUACUGAUCUAUGAAUACAUGCCGAAUAAAAGCUUGGACCUCUACCUCUUUGAUCCAAGUAGAAGGUUGAUGUUGAAUUGGGAGAAAUGGGUUGAAAUAAUUGAAGGGAUAAUCCAAGGACUUCUGUAUCUCCAAGAAUACUCGAGACUAACAAUAGUUCAUAGAGACUUGAAAGCAAGCAACAUUUUACUUGAUGGUAAUAUGAAGCCUAAAAUAUCAGAUUUUGGUAUAGCAAAAAGCUUUGAGAGCAAUGAAAUUGAAGCAAAUACUGACCGGAUUGUUGGAACCUAUGGAUGUGUUCCUCCAGAGUAUAUAAAACAAGGUUUAUACUCUAGAAAAUAUGAUGUUUAUAGCUUCGGAGUUCUCCUACUGCAGAUCAUAAGUGGGAAGAAGAACUACAGCGUCUAUGGACCACAUCAAAACCUCAAUCUCCUAGAAUAUGCAUAUGUUCUAUGUAAAGAAGGCAGAGGAAUGGAGUUCAUAGAUUCUUCAUUGGAUGAUGACUCUUCAACGUAUAAAUUAAACAGAUGCAUCCAAGUUGCCCUGCUAUGUGUUGAAGAAAAAUGGACACACAGGCCAUCGAUGUUGGAAGUUUCAGCCAUGUUAAGGAAUGAGUAUCAAGAUCUGCCUAUGCCAAGAAGGCCUGCUUUUUCAACAAAUAGAUAUGAUGAAGAAAAGAAAAAUAAAACCCAUGGAAAAGUCUAUUCUGUUAAUAUUACUACCAUUUCCCAACUUUUACCUCGGUGAGAUAUCACUAUGUCUCGCAGUGGUGGAAUCAAGGAUUCUUUGAGUAUAAAUUUUUUAUGCAUUACAACUUGGGCUUCUAACCCAAUUUCUAAACCGAACACCAAUCAUUCUUCUUUUGUUGCUACUGUACCUUUGCACAGUUAAUACAUGAUUCGACCGUGGCAACGACCAGUAUGCUUCCAUUCAA